AUGGGCGCGGCGGUCGACGAGACGGCGGCGGCGGCGGCAGCCGCGGCUGUGGCGGCGGAGGGCGGCGCCGCUGCCGCCGCGGCGGAGGCCGACUCCAAGGACCUGCAGCAGCAGAGCAAGGCCCUCGACAAGCUCACCGACCACGUCGAGGAUCGCCAGCUCGACUCCUCCCGCGUCCAAUCCGCCAUGGCAGCUCUUGCUUCAUCUAAAGAGGCUGACUGGAAUGCCAUGAGACUGAGGGAGAAAGAAUUAGCUGCUGUCAAGAUCAACCCCACCGACGUUGAAAUCAUCGCCAACGAGCUUGAGUUGGACAAGAAGAUCGCAGAGAGGACGCUCCGAGAGCACAAGGGCGACGCUGUUGCCGCGGUCCGGUUCUUGCUUCGCUGA